AUGCGUGAACGGCCAGGAAUGGGAGAUGGCCCAAUAUGCUACGCAACUUUAUGUUGCCAUGAUGGUCUAUGCAGGAGUUUUAAACAGAACCAUUCCUUUAAAUCAGAAUAUUAUAGAUGGAGCAUAUUUAUUCAACAGGACAAAGGGUAUUUAUCCAGAAAGUUGAACCUUAUGGAUUACGUUAUGAAUACGCUGGAGAACUAUGCCAGCUCGCUAGAAGCUGAAGUGGAGGAACGCAUGAAGGAACUGGUUGCUGAAAAGACAGAGCGAUCUUCGCUUUACAGGAUGUUGCCAAAACAAGUAGCUGAGAAACUCAAGGGUGGCGUUCCCAUAGAACCUGAAAACUUUGAUAAAGUGUCGAUCAAGAAACUAAGGGUUAUUCGGAGCAUUGCCUCAUGA